AUGACCUCUUGGGCCGUUCUGCUCAUCACCUCGGUGCUCCUGGUCGCCCCAGGGCUGGCCUUUUCCGGUCUGACUUCUGAGUGUCACGACCAGGCGAUGGCCCAUCUGUGUGAUGGAGACAAGUUGUGCCAGGGCCUGGCCCCGGAGGAUCCCCAGGGUGACCUGGCGCUCCAAGGAGAGGAGCUGAACCCUUUCUGUGAUCUUUGUCGGGAGAUAAUGCAGAUGUUGGAGAACAUGGUGGGAAAUAAGCCCAGCAAGAAUGUCAUCAUCCGUGCCACCUCCAAGGUGUGCAGCAAGAUGGGGCUGCUGAGAAGGCGUUGCAACAAGAUCAUGAAGAAGUUUCUCCAUCGCAUCUCUGCAGACAUCAUAGCUAGGAAGAAGCCUCAGGCCAUCUGUGUGGACAUCAUGCUGUGCAAGCGCAAGGCAGGACUGAAUAAGACCAUCAUGUAUGACAAGGUUGACGCCAAGGAAAUGGCCUGA